UGAGCGAACUGAUAUUAGCUUCCUGACUAACAGCUCUGAGAAGAUGGCAUCUGACCAGCAAAACCAGAAUGCUGCUCCAUCCGGUGAAGACGCAGCUCCAAGAGAAGCGCUGAUUGCCACGGCAGUGAGGUUUUUACAAAACCAGAAAGUUCGUCAGAGUCCAUUAACAACCAGAAAAGCUUUCUUGAAGAAAAAAGGUCUGACUGAUGAGGAGGUGGAAUUGGCCAUCAAGCGUUCCGGCAGUACAGAGGAUUCGCUGGAUCUCAGUGUUCCAGGGCCCCCACACAUCACCCAUCCCGUUCCACUUGCCCCUGUCCCUUACAAUCCCCCAGGUUACAGAUGGAGAGACUACGGUGCCCUGGCUGUUAUCUUGAUGGGAAUGGCCUUUGGCUUCCAUCAUCUUUACCGGAAAUACAUCCUUCCCCUCAUUAUGGGCAGCAAAGAGGACAAGAAACAUCUGCAGAGGAUCGAGAGCAACAUUGCGGAUAUGAAUGGCACUCUGACACAGACAGUCACCCAGUUGCAGAUGACCCUGGCUUCGGUGCAAGAACUGCUGGUCCAGCAACAGAAGAAGAUACAGGAGUUGUCACAAGAGCUGGCUAAUUCACAGGCCUCAUCUGCCACCAACUGCAUGCUGGAGUCUCAGAGCAUCAGUGAACUCAAGGCUGAGAUUGUGUCUUUGAAAGGGCUUCUUCUCAGCAGGAGACAGUUCCCUGCUUCGCCCUCCGUCCCCAAAAUCCCAUCCUGGCAGAUCCCUCUUAAAACAGGAUCGCUGUCCAACUUGCCCUCCACCAACCACACCAACAGCAGUAGCGACAUCUCGCCCGUCAGCAACGAGUCGGCCAACUCCUCCCCUGUUAAAGAGAGUAACAGCUCCAUGGCCACCCCGUCCGGCUCGCUUUGCCUUAACGGAGAUGUGGGGCUGGGGUCUAUGCUCCCUCUGGACCUGAAAGACCAGGUCCGCAUGGAAGUCCAGGGUGAGGAGGAGAAGAAAGAUGAUGAUGAGGAGGAAGAAGAAGAGGAGGAGGAUGAUAACGUGAUCCAUGCAAAUGAAGAAGAACAAUUGAGCAUCCAGACAGAGGACAGGAGAGGAGGAGACGGACAGAUUAAUGAACAAGUGGAGAAGCUGCGGCGUCCAGAAGGAGCGAGUAAUGAGAGUGAGGUCGAUUAGAGAGGAAAUCCAUGACCGGACCUAUCCGUCCAUUCAUUUCUCAUGUUUUUUUUUUUUUCCCCAAUAGUUAAUUUAAAGAGAGAGUGCAUAAAAAAUGUUUUUCUAUUUUUUGUAAUAUAUAUACUGUAUAUAUAAAAUAUAUAUAUAUAUAUAUAUAUACACACAUACAUAUAUAUGCACAUACAUAUAUAUAAAUCAUUUCUUAUAGCUCACCCUUUUUGCAGUAAAAUGGCUACCACUGGCCUAAUUUACACUUCAGGUGAGAUGGAUUAUGUCCCAUUCAUUGCAGUUCUGUACCCUUUUGACUCGACUAACUUCACUGUUCAACAUGCAAAAUUUCCAACGUGCAACCUGGAGUGGCACAAACAUUCUGCAUGCCUGAACAAGCACAGAAGCACAUUUUUGGAAAAGACAAUGAGAGAAUAAUGAACAUGAUUUUCCUUUUGCAAUCAAUUGGAAACCAGAGAGUUCCCCUAAAUGCUAGCUAUUUCAUCAGACAGAAACUGUAGUGUCCAAGGCUCUGUAAAAGCCAAUAUAUUUGUACUUUAAAGCUUCAAGUCAAAGCAAACAUGGUCAGUUACAGGUAAAGAGAUAGUACACCAAAAAAAACAAAAAACAAAACAUAAUUUACUCAACCUCAUGUCAUUCAAAACCUGUUCUUUCCUUUGUGGAAUACAAAAGGAGAUGUUGUGAAAUGAAUGGUGACUGAAGCUAACAUUUUGCCUGUUUUGACAUCUGUUUUGUGUUCCACAGAAGAAAGUCAUAUAGGUUUGGAACAACAAGAGGGUGAGUAAAUGACAACAUUAUUUAACUUGAAAUUAUACCUUUAAGGGACUAUAGCAACUAUUCAAAGGCUUCAAGGAAUCACAUUUGACCCUGUGUAUCUAUACUGUAGUACACACAGAGUGCUGGAGCAGUCAGUCCGUUUGCGUAACAACAAGGCCUUGUGAUUUAUUAUUAAAGUCAUAGCGGUUUGCUUCUCAGUGGUAGUGAGAAUUUUUAUGUCUCUGAUUGAAAAACAGAGAGAAACCUGUUAAAAAUGCAGGGCCAAGAGAAAUGUGUUUGUUAUAGUUGUAUCUCUCCAGUCUCCAGCAGGGUAGCUGAUUUGGUUUAUGAAGUAUGUUAAUAAUCAAAUGAUCGACAAAUAACAGAUGUAUUAGUUCAUGCAGCUUGAAAUGUCAAUGAGGCUAAAAUCGGAAAUCUAAUACUGAAAGCCUGUUAGAUUGUAUUAUAUUACACGACAAACCCUCCAGUCCAAAUUAUAUAGGCCUCCUGCAGUGAAUAAUCUUAACAUGAAAUGGUGCUGGGGUUUUGUAAUUAAACUGUGUAAAACAAUGGAUGCUUCGGUGGAGGUGCUGACAGUUGUGCUUUUCUCUUUGGGGGCUUUUCUAUCAGAAAGUCCUGAGAGGAUUUUUAAAAAAGAAAACUCCCCGUGAUGCAAAUGGAGAGUAACGUAUGAAUAUUGAACUAAUGAAAUUACUCACUCGCCAGCUGAUGAGGAAAAAAGAUCCUGGAGUGAGAACUAGAGCAUCAGAUCCAUUGUGACAUUUUCACUUUUAACAAUUGAUCUUCAGAGUAACUGGAUUACGGUGCAGGCAGGUGAAUUGUGGGGCUGUGGUGGUGUUCGCCAUGCAAACGGCACAAUGGAAGAGCUCAACAUGUCUGGCUAUGUGUGUUUGUCUCCUUACUUCCUAGACUAGAGGUGACUUUACACAUACCCACACAAGGAUAGUAGAUAUUCAUAUGAUACAAUGUAAAGAGAAACAAUAUGUAUUUGUUUGAUAUGCAGUGACAUGGGUUUGAUUUUGGUGUUGAUUUGAAAAAGCUCAAAAUCCAAAUGCGAAUUGAACGUUAAAGGGUUAGUUCACCUUAAAAUUCAGUCAAAGUCAUCAUUUUCUCAUCCUCAUGUCAUUCCAUACCUAAAUGCUGUUAUUUUUUCUGUCAAACAGAAAUACAUUGCUCUUUUCCAUACAAAGAUGGUUCAUAGUGACCAUGUCUGUAUAUGGCUCAUGUCUUCUGAAGCCAUACGAUAGCUGAUCAUUAAGUCUGUGAGUCGAACUCAAGAACCGGACUCAAGAGCCAGAUUUGUAAAACAUUCAGACGUUAAUUUACAAAUCAGACAGAUUCAGUUCUUAAGUUACACUCCCUGACUCAACGAUUCAGUUGCGGUUCUCUUGUUAAAAGCUCACUGAAGUCAGUGAAUAAUGAUGUAAAUUUUGGUCUGUUUCUCUGACAAAGCAAUCAUGUGGCUUCAGAAGACUAGGAAUAUAGUUUUAAGGACACCUUUUAUAGUGAUUUUUGGGUGUCUUUUGUCAUUUUUGGAGUAUAACAACCAGUAACACUAUGAACUGUCAGUGUAUGGAAAAGAUCUGCAUAAAGAUUCUUUAAAAUACUUUUUUUUCAUAUGGUUUGAAAUGACAUGAGGGUGAGUACGUUGUCACAUUUUUCAUUUUUGGGUUAACUGUUCCAAAUGGAAUCAGUGAAGUAAAUAUGAUCUUGAAAGUAAAUCACAUCUUAUUGGAGUCACAGAAAUGGCAUGAAUGAGUUACUGAUAGUUACCGAACAUUUGAGGAAGAUAGAGCGUUGGCUUCAGAACGAGACAGCUUUAGUAAGAGUGUGAGUGCAUGUAUCAGAUGUUGCUUAAAACCACAUUCUGUAGUUCCCGCAACGCUGGUUGAAUCUGGUAUAGUGUGACAACAGAGGCCUUCAAACAACAACAUCAUAGCUUGCUAAUUUUAGCUAAUCAUUGUAAAGCUGCUGUGAUAGAGGUUAGGGCUACUGAAUUAAUCAUGAGAUAAGACACAGUUUCAGUGCCUAUGUAUCUGUUGAGAUUACAUUCUGCUUGUCUCCAACCGCAUUUUUAUGACAAAAUCUUGUUAUGAAUCUACUUCCUGCAGCUGGGUUUCCACAACUCUGAUUGGGGCUUUAAAGUAUUAAUUCUCAUGUCAUGGUGUGAGUGUGUGUGAGUGUGUGUCUGUUGGCUCAGUUUUACAAAUAUGUUUGUAAAAAGAUUUGUAUGAACUGAACAAUGCUGCUGUAUGUAGCUCUGUUGAUAUUCUUGUUGACACCUUGCUGGUUUUUGUCUCAGAGAAAUCCUGGUGUAAAGAGAUGAUUGUAAAUAAUUGUAAUAAAUUUGAUUUAA